AUGGUUGACCCUAGCAUUGAUGUUGUCAGCAUCGCAAACCCUAUAUUCAUUGGAAUGCUGUUCUUCUUCCUUAUAUACGGAGGCACUAUUGUGCAGACUGUAUAUUACCUACUGAACUACUCUGACGAUCGCCUUUCAUUAAAAUUUUUGGUCGCAGGUCUAUCCCUUCUUGAUACUGUAAAGGCAUUUGUGGAUGGGAAGAUGUUCUGGUUCUAUCUGAUCCAGAAUCACGGAAAUAAAAUUGGGGUAUCUGCUGUCACACCAUGGGUCGGUGUCCAGAAUAUACUUUCAGUGCGUUCUGUGCCCUUCUGGUUUAGUGCAUAA